CGAGGCAAGCCACUGCUCCGCCCAGAUGGCUUCGGUGGAGAGGCGUCCGGUUGGGGCGCGCGCGCCAGUUAUUAUUCUGCUUAAGAAAUACGCAUUUCAUCAGAAAAAGGACCUCAGCUUCCUCAUGAUGGUUUCUUCCUGUCCUGCUUGCUAGUAAUGUGAAAGAAGACUGGACCUCUGCCAUGGCAAUUUUUCUGCUGGGAGCAGCAUUGCUUAUUGUGCAACCUCAGGCAGUGCCUUCUAGACCAGCUACCAGCUCUAAGGCUGAGGCUGCUGCUCAGAAAGAACCCUUUAAGAAAAGUGACUUCAAAGAAUGCUUUGGUCCUAAUGGAACACUACAGCAACUUCCACAGACUGUCAUCAUUGGUGUGCGGAAAGGUGGAACAAGAGCCUUGCUAGAGAUGUUGAGCCUCCAUCCAUAUAUAGCAGCAGCAGAAAGUGAGGUCCACUUCUUCGACUGGGAAGAGCAUUAUAAAAAUGGAUUCCAGUGGUAUAUUAACCAAAUGCCACUCUCUUGUCCCCACCAGAUAACUGUGGAGAAAACCCCAGCAUAUUUCACCUCACCCAAAGUGCCUGAAAGAGUUUAUAGAAUGAAUAAGCUUAUCAGAUUGCUUCUUAUUUUACGAGAUCCAACCGAGAGGGUAUUGUCAGACUAUACGCAAGUGUUCUUUAAUCACAUGCAAAAACAUAAGCCGUAUCCCUCCAUUGAAGAAUUCCUAGUUAAAGAUGGUGAGAUCAAUAUGGACUACAAGGCAAUAAACAGGAGUUUGUAUUAUGUUCACAUGCAAAACUGGUUGAAGUAUUUUCCUCUGGAUCGCAUCCAUAUUGUAGAUGGGAACAAGCUUAUCAAAGAUCCCUUCCCAGAAAUAGUAAAAGUGGAAAGGUUCUUAAAGCUGCCACGUCAAAUAAAUGCUUCAAACUUUUACUUCAAUAAAACAAAAGGCUUUUAUUGCCUAAGAGACAGUGGUAGGGACAGGUGUUUACAUGAAUCGAAAGGAAGAGCACACCCCAAAGUAGAUCCAAUUUUACUUGAAAAACUGCAUGGAUAUUUUCAUGAACCUAAUCAGAAAUUCUUUGAGCUUGUUGGCAGAACAUUUGACUGGCAUUAAAUAUAGUGCUACAUUCUAGAGAGUAUAUUUAGAAAAGGAAGGCAUUUAAACUAUAAUUUAUUUGAAAAUCCAUUAAAUACUUCUGUACAACGUUAGAGCCAUAUAAUCUACUAAUAUUUUUUUACUUGUUAAAUUAAAAAGAUCUUUUUGUAAUGCUUUUCAUAGUUGUUAACACUGUAUUAUAU